AAAAGUGCCUCGUCCUCGUCUCUCUCAUCAAAAUUGGCUCUUACUUACUCUUCGUCAAUGCUCUUUGUCCUUCCUCCGGUCACUCUACAACUCUCCAAGCUUCGUCCGAAGCUGUAGUCAUCCCACAACUAUAUAUAAAAGCUCAUAUCGAUUACCUUACCCCGAAUAUAUAGCGCCAAUCCUUCUAACGUCUACAUCUUCUUCUUAACUGCUACCCCGCAGUAUCAACGAACAACGCAACACCACCAGUACUACGACCACCACCACAGUUACCAACAUCAUCAACUACAACUACACCAUCGACUCUACUCCGCCAUCAUCAUGGGUGACCAAGUCAAGGCCCCAGUGGUCGCUGAGGCCCAUCUGGUCGAUACCUACCACCCCCCACAGAAGAUGCUUGACAAGCAUCCCAGUAAACCUCAUCUAAGCGGUAUCGAGGAGUACCAGCAACUGUACAAGGAGUCUAUCACCGAACCUGAUAAGUUCUUCGGCAGAACAGCAAGGGAAUUAUUAACAUGGCAACGGGAUUUCGAAACCGUCCGUACCGGAUCAUUAGCUAACGGCGAUUCGGCCUGGUUUGUCGAGGGCCAGCUUAAUGCUUCCUACAACUUAGUUGACCGACAUGCAUUCAAGGACCCCAACAAGGUCGCAAUCAUCUACGAGGCCGAUGAGCCGAAUGAGGGCCGAAAUCUAACCUAUGGCGAGCUCCUUCGCGAAGUCAGCAGGGUUGCGCAUGUCCUCAAGAAGAUGGGUGUCCGAAAAGGCGACACUGUCGCAAUCUACCUACCUAUGAUUCCAGAAGCCAUUGUUGCUUUCCUUGCAGUUAUACGUAUUGGCGCCAUACACUCCGUUGUCUUCGCUGGUUUCUCUGCCGAUUCUCUGCGUGAUCGUGUCAUCGAUGCCCAAUCAAAGGUGGUCAUCACCACGGAUGAGGGAAAGCGUGGUGGCAAGUUAAUCGGUACCAAGAAGAUUGUAGACGAUGCGCUUAAGCAAUGUCCUGAUGUCACAGGUGUGCUCGUCUUCAAGCGCACCGGUGCUGAUAUCCCCUGGACCUCUGGUCGUGACCUAUGGUGGCACGAGGAAGUCGAAAAGUGGCCGUCGUACAUUGCCCCCGAAGUUGUGAACGCCGAAGAUCCUCUGUUCUUACUAUACACGUCUGGUUCGACUGGAAAACCGAAGGGUGUUAUGCACACCACUGCCGGAUAUCUUCUCGGCGCCGCACUGACUGGCAAGUACGUGUUCGAUAUCCAUGACGGAGACCGAUAUUUCUGUGGUGGAGAUGUUGGUUGGAUUACUGGACACACAUACGUCGUCUAUGCUCCUCUGCUCCUCGGUGUAUCCACCGUUGUCUUCGAGGGAACCCCAGCUUACCCGAACUUUUCGCGAUACUGGGACAUAAUUGCGAAGCACGAAGUUACUCAGUUCUAUGUCGCACCAACGGCGCUGAGGUUAUUAAAGCGUGCCGGCGAUGAUUUCGUCAAGGCGCAUAUGCCGAAACUAAGAGUCCUAGGUUCAGUCGGUGAGCCAAUUGCCGCGGAAGUGUGGAAAUGGUAUUUCGAAGUCGUAGGCAAGGAAGAGGCACAGAUUGUCGACACCUACUGGCAAACUGAGACCGGCUCGAACGUGAUCACACCCUUAGCAGGAGUGACGCCAACCAAGCCCGGAAGUGCAUCUCUACCAUUCUUCGGCAUAGAACCUGCCAUCAUAGACCCUGUUUCCGGUGAAGAGAUACACGGCAACGAUGUUGAGGGUGUCCUAGCUUUCAAGCAACCGUGGCCCAGCAUGGCCCGCACUGUCUGGGGUGCACACAAGAGAUAUAUGGACACGUAUUUGAACGUCUAUAAGGGCUACUAUUUCACCGGUGAUGGAGCUGGCCGUGAUCACGAGGGCUUUUACUGGAUCCGAGGACGAGUAGACGACGUGGUCAACGUCAGCGGACACCGUCUAUCAACCGCAGAAAUCGAGGCUGCUCUAAUUGAGCAUCACUCCGUAGCCGAAGCUGCUGUAGUUGGCGUCGCUGAUGAGCUAACCGGACAAGCGGUCAACGCAUUUGUCGCUAUCAAGAAUGGUAGCGAGGCCUCGGAUGCGUUAAGAAAAGAAUUCAUCCUGCAAGUUCGAAAGAGCAUUGGACCCUUUGCCGCACCUAAGGCGGUAUACAUCGUACCCGACUUGCCUAAGACUCGUAGUGGCAAGAUCAUGCGCCGUAUCUUGAGAAAGAUCUUGGCCGGAGAGGAAGACCAGCUUGGCGACACGACAACACUAUCCGAUCCAUCCGUGGUCGACAAGAUCAUUGCUGUUGUCAAGGAAACCCGAAAGAAGUAAAGGGUGAGGCGGUGCUGAUUUUUAACUUCUGAUACCAUCCUGUCUUAGAUAUGUGGCGUGCAUGGAACGUGGGGGAAUUCAACUUGUUCUUUUUUGUUGGUCUAUGUAGGUAUAAUUGUGAGCCCAAAGAUUUCACGCACGCGUUUCGAGUAAUGCAAACGAGCUUUAGAUAUUAUAGUUGAACAGCAGCCCGCCAACGAAUAAUUGAAAAAAAUGAAGACUAGCCUCCAUAAAAAUGGUGCUUCGAUCCGAGUUAACUAACCACAACUUCGCAAAAAGAGCGAUGAGGCAAGUUUUACUUGGCGGAACACUGCCCUCUAUUGCUUAGUAACAUGAAGUGCCAAGCUGAUCGGUCUUUAUCGUAUGUGCCUCAUCCUAACAGAUCUAGGUCUAUCCUCUUAUAUGGAAGUGGCGUAGUACAAGACCGUCUCAAGUCCACUAUGUAAAUGUGUAGAAUGCUAUCCGGACAGCCGAUAUGCGAGUAAGUAGAAAGACCAAGACUCGGAGACGCGUCACUUGUGCCACUUGGAGUUAGCACUGGCGACCCGAUCCCCUUGGCAAAGUCUUGAGUAUAGGACUGGCGUCAGCGUGAUGUCGUCAAGAACAUGCAUCUAUAGUUAUCUAUGCUUUCGGAGAUACGCGAACACGAGUCUGCUCAGAGACUUGAUGAGGGGAAAAGGGAAC